UCAUAUGAUUGUUGGUGUUUUUCUCUGUAUGGACUAUUGUAGGGUCUACCUUACAAUAUAAAGCAUGAACAGCAAAUAUUCUGCAGACAGGAUGUUUCUGUUUCAGCUCUUCCUUCUUGAUGGAAAUGAGAAGAAUGUGAAAUCAAACCAGUUUUCCAUCAUUUAUUAUUAAUCCCUCAUGACUACAGCUAAAUGCUGCCUCCUCUUCAUACAUGACGACACAUGAGAGCUUCUGAUUUUGUUCUGUGGAGAUCGUUCAACAACUGAACACUAAAACUUUUCCACUUCGCCUCGUUUGUUAUGACGCACUUAUUUCUGCGCAUCCUCAGUCCAACCUACCAAACGUCACUCUAACGCGACGUCCUCACGAGACACGGAAGAGUUUGAACCGCAGCUUUAACUUUAUUUAAACCUUAAAUAUAAUCUGAUGUGUUCAGGUUUAAACUCAGGUUCAGUUAUUGAGUGAAAACACCAACAGACUCAGACAUUUAGAACAAACUAAGAGUCAGAUCAGCAGAAACAGAGAACACGGACAUGUCUGCUGUAACUGCGUCACUCUGCUCCACGCUGAUGUUUGUCCUGUUCGUCUCUUUAGAACAAACUAAGAGUCAGAUCAGCAGAAACAGAGAACACGGACAUGUCUGCUGUAACUGCGUCACUCUGCUCCACGCUGAUGUUUGUCCUGUUCGUCUCUGCAGACCAGAAAAACAUCACAGCUGAGUCUGGACAGGACGUCACUCUGACAUGUCGAGCUCCAAACAACAACAUCAUAGUUUUAGAGUGGAGCAGAGCUGACCUGGGAGAUAAAAAUGUCUUCGUUUACCGGGAUGGUCGACCUCUUGAUGACCAGCAUCCAUCUUUUAAGAAUCGGGUGGAUCUGCAGGACAGACAGAUGAAGGAUGGAGACGUGUCUUUGAUUCUGAAGGAUGUGACGAUUAAUGAUACUGGAACAUACAAGUGUCAUGUCUACAUGAGAGAAACAGACUCAUGGGAGCUCAUCAGCAUCAUCCACCUUCAUGUUGAUCCUCCAGGUCAGCCAGGAGGACAAGAGAAGGAUGAAGACAACAAAGAUGGAGGAAAGGAAGACAAAGAGAAGGAGGAUGGAUCUGUUGGACUGAAAGUUGGUCUGUCAGUUCCUGCUGCUGUUGUUGUUGUUGUUGUUGUUGUUGUUGUUGUUGUUGUUGCUGUUGUUGUUGUUGUUUUGAUCUACAAACCAGCCUCCUGUUUAAGUGCAGCAGGUUAAAAUGUUUCAGAGCUUUUAACAGCAUUGAGUCUGCUGCUGCUGUUCAGAGUUCUGUUUAAAAUCCUGCAGAAACAGAUGAACUGAGCACAGACAGCAGGCCCACAGCACUGUAGGUUUAUUUCAGUUUUAUCUUUAAUGUCUGCUUCUUAAUUUUAUUAUUGAACAACAACCAUGUUCUCAAUGAACCCAAAAAACUCAUUAAUAUCAAAGCUGAAUGUUUUU